UUCUGUAGAUUUUCCUCAGAGUUCAGCUGUUCUAAGCAUGUAGUAGCUCCUGUAUAGUGCCUAUAAAAACACUAAAAACUGGAAAAUGCUCUACAAAAGGUAUUUUUUCCAUCCUAGGUUUUGAAGUGCAGAGGUCUGUUAGGCCAAGACCACAAACUUAAUUGACUUAUUAGUUGACUGCUUCUUCUUCCUAGAAAAUAAGGGUUGAGAUCCUGAAAAUGAAAGUCCUUAAAGAUACAGAAUUUUCUAAGAUUUUUGUGGUAGAAAUGAAAAUACUGGGAAUUAAUUUCAACUCAGUAUCUAUUGAGCAAAUAAACAUUGUUUCACACUAUGGAAGUGAAUGGAAAUGAAUUAAGUUGCAGUUUCUGUCCCUUUGGAACUGAUAUAUAAAGAUAGAAGUAAUGACGUUUGUUAAGUGUAAUGAUAACAUGCAUGAAAGAUCUUGAGAGAGAGCACUUGGACCUGGUUUGGGAGAUGGACAUAGUAAGGAGAAGGGAGAGUAAGGAAAAGAUUGUCAGUAAGAAGGAAAUUUAGGUUGAAUCAUGAAUAGGAUUUAUCGGGUGAACUAGGAUAUUUUUUUUGGGCUAGAGAGUAAAGCAUGUUGGCAGUGGCACCCGUUUUCCGAAUAACAGCCUAAACAUUUUCCUUUCCUAAACUGUUUCCAUGAUGCACAGAAACACAACCAAUGUGGAAAGGGGUGGACAGAGUUCCGUGGGCUCAGGCUGAGUGUAGUCUAGGGUACAUGGAGGUCUUAGCACUUUUGUGAAGUUGUGUAAUCUCUGAGCUUGUUUCCUCAAUCACGAAUUGGAGAGAAAACCUGCCUUGUAGGGUUAGUGGGAGAAUUAAUUGAGAUAAUGUGUAUAAAAUUUAUCUAAAGGCUUGAUCCACAUUAAUGUACCUCUCUAGUCCUUUGUCUUGUAAAGCCCCUUACAUAUAGUAGACAAUCAGCAUAUUUAUUGAUUUGACUUACUGUGCCUUGGGAUAAUACAGAAAAUCUAGUAAGUUGGUAGUAAAAUGAUUAUAGUGGCUGGAGGAGGAUUGGUAUAAUGAUGAAAUUUAGAUUGUGUGUCUUAUUUUGAAAUCUAAAUUGGGUGAAAAGUAGAUCUUAUAGCCAAUAAUAGUAGCCAUCUAGCUGCUUAGCUUACCAAGAAAGCUUAGAGUGAGGAAAAAGUAGCCAGGGUUUACAUUGGAAAGGUAUUUGAGAAGACAGGGGAGGCUUAAAGGGGGGAGGGGGCGGCGCUUUAUACAUUUCAUGAUGUGGUACGUAACUUAAAUCUUUGUGGAACAGACUUCCAAAAGAAUCUGCUUCCUGAAUAUCAGAAUCCGUUCAUCAAGCAGCUCUAAGUGUGUUGGCUAUUUGUCCCCCAUUAACCUUACUCACAUUCCGGUGCUACGGUAAUUUCUAUCCUGUUUGACUCUUACCAAGGUCUUGCUUUCAAUGAAUAGAUUUGAGCCACCGUCAGGGAAUCACAGUUACAUUUUUGAAGAACUAAUGUGGCUUGGAUCAGGUACAACCUUUUUUUUUUCCCCCUGAGACAGUACCCGAAGCAGUUUUUAUAUACAUGAUCCAGUUUGCCUCAUGUAGAAUAAAUAAGGACCUUAUAAAAGCUGAUUUUUUUUUUACCUUUAUUAUGGAAAAUUUCAAAUAUACAGAAAUAGAAUGAAAUAAUGAACUCCAUGUGCCCAUCACUCAGCUUGAACAAUUAUCAAUUUAUGGGGCCCUUCUCCUUUUAGUUACACCCCUCCCACUCCCUACACCCUUAACAAUUGUUUUAAUAAAUACCCAGAUGUAGUGGUGGAUAGAGACCAGAUAGCACAGGCCAGCUAAAUUUGAGAAAGGUAAACCAAGGGAGAGAGAAGGAAAAGGUGAUAGCUCGUGUGACCUGUCAAGCAGAUUCUGUCUAUGCUUUUGUUCCUCAGGUCUCUUGAUGGCUAGGUUACUGCUAAGACAGAUUUGUUGGGAUCUCUCUCAAAUUUGUCUUGUUAAUAUACCUACUUUCAGACUGAAUUAUACCCUUUUGGUCUCCUUAUUUGUUUUUCCCCAGGAGUGUCCACAUUCUUUAUUUGCUUUUUACCCAUAUCAAAAUGUUGCGAGGUCUGUGGCAGGGCAUGCAAUUUAAUUUGCCCUGGGACCAAACAUUCACCUGGAAAUGUCUUUGUGACCAUCUGGACUACAGAAGAGAAGAAAUUAUUUUUAUCUUUAUGGCAGAUUACUCAAAAUAACCCUUGUUGCCAUCAUAGCUCUAAUGACUCUAGUCCCUCCCCAGCAGUUAUUUAAAAUUAUUGUCAAGAUUCAAAAAUUUGAUUGCCAGCUUUAACCAUUCUGCUGGAUUUGAGCACUUUGGGGCUUAGAUUCUGUAGGGAAAAUCUUUAAUUAGCCUUCUAUAAAUGGAAAUUGACUAUCAGGAUUUAAACAUCUUAAUUUCCAGAAAUUGUAAAAAUUGGCACUCUUUUCAUGGUAAAAGUACUAUAAAAGAUUUUUUAAAAAGGGAGCCUUGAGCAGAGUUUGACUUUUUUUUUCUGGACUGAAAUGGAGGCUUUUUUUUCAAGCGAAUUCCCUGAUGUUUGCUGUGUGUGAUUUGGCUCUAUCUCUGUAACUGCUAAUAUGUGGCGUGGACUUCAAGCUGCCUGGGAUCUGGAUGUGCCCAAAGUCUGUAUUGCAAGUCGGGUUUCACAGGCAUUAUGUUACAAAACUGGCUUGCUGCCUUAGCUGUUUUCUCUGUCCUGAGUAGCUGCAUUGUUUGUUGCAGUAUAUGCAUUAGCUGUUGUCUGUGUUCAGUUUCCUGCAGGCUGACAAAGUGGGAGGGGCUUUGUUUGAUUCAUAGCUGAGUUUUCACUGUGUGAGUUCUUGAGUGCACAUUGCAGCCAUCUUAAUUACACUUUAGUGCAACUGAGACAGUGCAGCUGUCUCAAAAUGGCUGCUAACCUAGUCUUUGUAGCUGCUUAGGCAGCAACUAUGCCAGUGAGGAGACUUGUCACAUGCAUCAGGACCAGAGAUUCAAAAUGGAUGGUAUAGAAGAACCUCAGAAAAAAGUCUUUAAGGCUCGAAAAACGAUGAGAGUGAGUGAUCGUCAACAACUUGAAGCAGUGUACAAGGUCAGAGAAGAACUGUUGAAAACUGAUGUCAAGCUGUUAAAUGGCAACCAUGAAAAUGGAGAUUUGGACCCAACCUCACCUUUGGAAAAUAUGGAUUAUAUUAAUGACAAGGAAGAGGUGAAUGGUAUUGAAGAGCUUUGUUUUGACCCUGAAAAAAGUAAAUCAGAAUGGAAAGAAACACCUUGUACCUUAAAUAUUAAUGUAAAAAACAAGCAAGAUGAUGAUUUAAAGUGUGAAUCUUCAUCUCCUAAUAAUGUAACUCCUGAACUAGCCUCUAAACUGACUGCUGAACCAACUUCUGAUCCAGCCGCUGGUGAUCUGGCUACUGAAGAUCUGGUCUCUGGAGAUUCAGCCUCUGGAGAUGUGGCUUCUGAAGUAUUAACCUCUGGUGAUCCCACCUCUGGUGAUCCUGCCUCUCAUAAUUUCACCUGUAGUGAUCCUGUCUCUAGUGAUCCCGCCUCUGGUGAGCCUGUCUCUGGUGAACCCGUUUCUGGUGAAUCAGUCUCUGGUGAACCGGUCUCUAGUGAACUGGUCUCUGGUGAACCGGUCCCUGGUGAACUGGUCUCCAGUGAACCAGUCUCCAGUGAUCCAGCCUCUGAUGAUUCAUCCUUUGGUGAUCCAGCCUCUGGAGCAUUGACCUCUGAUGAUCCAGCCUCUGGUGAUCUGGCCUCUGGUGAUCCGGCCUCUGAUGAACCGACUUCUGAUGAACUGACUCCUGAGUCAGCCUUUGAUCCCACUUUUGAACCAAGUUCUGUACCAGUUUGUGAAUCAGUUCCUGAAACUGACAAUAGAGAGUUUAGUAGCAAUAAAGGUGAUGAUUUUCUUGAAAAAAAUAGGGAUGGUGAUAAGUUAGAUCAAAUUUUCUCAUUUGAUGAGAAAAAUAAAGUUGAUAGUAAUAUUGAUGCUGAUGAAGAAACUCUAGAAACAGAUGAUACAAUUAUUUGUUCAGAUCUACCUCCUGAAAAUGAGAAGAAGGUAGAGGAAGAUGCCAUUAUAGAACCUGCUCUUGGAGAGGAGGCUAUAUCUAGCAGUAUCGAAAUUGACCAAAGUGAGAAGAAUGAAGAUGAAAAUUCUGCUGACCUUGCAGAAACCAUUAGUGAAAAUGUUAUGAAAGAUGACAAAAAUGAGAAUAUCUUAGAAAACACAGACUCUAUGGAGACAGAUGAAAUCAUUCCUAUUUUGGAAAAGCUUGCACCUGCUGAAGAUGAACUCACCUGCUUUUCUAAAACUUCUAUCCUUCCAAUUGAUGAGACAAAUCCAGAUUUGGAAGAGAAGAUGGAGGGUUCUUUUGGUUCACCAUCUAAACAAGAAAGUAGUGAGAGUUUACCAAAAGAAGCUUUUUUGGUCCUCUCAGAUGAAGAGGAUAUUUCGGGUGAAAAAGAUGAGUCCGAAGUUAUAUCACAAAAUGAGACAUGCUCCGCAGAAGAAGAAAGUAAUCAAAAGGACAGCAAACCUGAGGAAGAAGAGCAAGUAAUACAUGAAGAUGAAAGGCCUUCUGAGAAAAGUGAAUUUUCCAGAAGAAAACGUUCUAAAUCAGAGGACAUGGACAAUGUACAGUCCAAACGCCGUCGAUAUAUGGAAGAAGAGUAUGAGGCAGAAUUUCAAGUAAAGAUUACAGCCAAAGGAGAUAUUAACCAGAAGCUACAGAAGGUUGUACAGUGGUUGCUGGAAGAAAAAUUGUGCGCGCUGCAGUGUGCUGUGUUUGAUAAGACUUUGGCAGAGUUGAAAACACGAGUGGAAAAGAUUGAAUGUAACAAGAGGCAUAAAACAGUUCUUACUGAACUACAGGCCAAGAUAGCCAGGUUAACCAAACGCUUUGGAGCAGCCAAAGAAGAUCUUAAGAAAAGACAAGAAAAUCCACCAAAUCCACCUGUCUCACCAGGGAAGUCUGUGGUUGAUGUCAACAGCAAUAACAGUGUGCCCUACAGAAAUGUAACCACAGUGAGACAGAUGCUGGAGUCCAAAAGAAAUGUAAGCGAGAGUGCACCACCAUCCUUUCAAACCCCUGUGAAUACAGUAUCUUCAACCAAUCUUGUCACUCCUCCAGCAGUUGUCACUAGUCAACCUAAAUUGCAGACUCCAGUGACUUCGAGUUCUCUGACAGCACCGUCAGUUCUUCCUGCACCUAACACAGCCACAGUAGUUGCUACUACUCAGGUGCCUAGUGGAAAUCCCCAACCUACAAUCUCUUUACAACCUUUGCCAGUGAUUUUGCAUGUACCUGUUGCGGUAUCCUCCCAGCCUCAGCUCCUACAGAGCCAUCCAGGGACUUUAGUGACCAAUCAACCAUCUGGCAACGUUGAAUUCAUUUCUGUGCAAAGCCCACCUACAGUGAGUGGUCUUACCAAAAAUCCAGUAUCCUUGCCGUCCUUGCCAAACCCUACUAAACCAAACAACGUUCCUUCUGUGCCCAGUCCUAGUAUUCAAAGGAACUCUCCUGCCAGUGCUGCACCAUUAGGAACAACACUUGCUGUACAGGCUGUUCCAACAGCACACUCUAUUGUACAAGCCACAAGGACUUCUUUACCCACAGUAGGCCCGUCAGGACUCUAUAGUCCAUCAAAUAAUCGAGGUCCUAUACAGAUGAAAAUUCCAAUUUCUGCUUUUAGUACUUCAUCUUCGGCAGAGCAGACCAGCACUACCACCCCAAGAAUUGAAAACCAGACAAACAAAACAAUAGAUGCUUCUGUUAAUAAGAAAGCAGCUGAUAGCACAUCACAGAGUGGAAAAGCCGCAGGCAGUGAUUCAGGUGGUGUCAUUGAUCUCACAAUGGAUGAUGAGGAGAGUGGAGCUUCACAAGACCCUAAGAAGCUAAAUCACACUCCUGUAUCAACCAUGGGAUCUUCUCAGCCUGUGUCUCGACCGUUGCAACCCAUCCAGCCAGCACCACCUCUUCAGCCAUCAGGGGUGCCAACAAGUGGACCAUCUCAGACAACCAUACAUUUACUACCUACAGCUCCAACCACCGUGAAUGUAACACAUCGUCCAGUAACUCAGGUGACCACAAGACUCCCUGUACCAAGAGCUCCUGCAAACCACCAAGUGGUUUAUACAACUCUCCCAGCACCACCAGCUCAGGCUCCCCUGCGGGGAACUGUUAUGCAGGCUCCUGCUGUUCGGCAGGUCAAUCCCCAAAAUAGUGUCACGGUUCGAGUGCCUCAAGCAACUACUUAUGUUGUAAACAAUGGGCUCACCCUGGGAUCAACAGGACCUCAGCUCACAGUGCAUCACCGCCCACCACAAGUGCAUCCUGAGCCCCCACGCCCUGUGCACCCAGCACCCUUACCGGAAGCCCCACAACCACAGCGUCUUCCCCCAGAAGCUGCCAGCACAUCUCUGCCUCAGAAGCCACACUUGAAGUUAGCACGAGUUCAGAGUCAAAAUGGCAUUGUACUGUCAUGGAGUGUCCUGGAGGUGGAUCGGAGCUGCGCCACUGUGGACAGCUACCAUCUCUAUGCUUACCAUGAGGAACCCAGUGCCACUGUGCCCUCACAAUGGAAAAAGAUUGGAGAAGUCAAGGCACUUCCCUUGCCCAUGGCAUGCACUCUCACCCAGUUUGUGUCUGGCAGCAAGUACUACUUUGCAGUGCGAGCCAAGGACAUUUAUGGACGCUUUGGACCUUUCUGUGAUCCUCAGUCGACGGAUGUGAUCUCUUCUUCCCAGAGCAGUUAAACCUUGCAGCCUUUAUCUCUUCUUCUUUCAGAAUUUCCACUUUCGGUCUUGUUUUAAUCUUGUGCAUGAUAUCCAUUGUAAAAUCCACAUUGUGCAAGAUUUCUUGGACAGAUGUGUAUAUACACUACAUUUGUUUAUAAUCAGAAGUAAAAUAAACUCAGCCCAUAAAGCAAGAAUCUUUUGGACAAUUCAAGCUUCAAGGUUUUGAAAUGUAAAUGUGCACCUUGCUUUAGUUUUGAGGCUGGGAAAUAUGUGUGGGUGUUUGUGUGUGUUUUUCCCUAUUUAUAUGUUUACUGCAGUGGAAUCUCCCAUUUUCAUUCUCAAAUUGACUUCUCUUCCGCUAUGAAGUAAGUAGGUCAAAGGAUCUGAGGUAUGUAACUAGCAUGGUUCUCUUCUGAGGGAUCUGUAGGUUUACAGGUAAAGGAUUUACACUGAAUCUAAACAAAACCCAAAGAAAGAAAGAAAAAAAGUGGUAAAUAGUUUGAAAUAGGUUAAUUUGAACACAGGAAAUGAUCUGUUCAUCUUUUCUUUUGUCUCUUCUGGGUUGUUAAUUAGGUGAAAAAGUUCUACAACUGCCCCUCCCUUUUCUUACCUGACUUUUACAUUUAUUUUGUGCCUUACAGAUUAACCGCAGAUACAAACACAGCCAUUUGUGCAUGGUCGUUUACUCUUCCCUUUCAGCCUUUCGCCCUUUGUUUCUCCUUCAUCUCCACAAAAACAGAGCACAUUCCCCUCAAAUAAAUUUUAAACCAAGUCUUUUAUAUAUAUUUUCAUCAAUGGUAUUGCUACGUUUAACUCCAAAAAUUUGACUUGCUAUUUUUUUUAAGAAUAUAAAUGCUUUUAUUUUUGGUCACUAUUUAAAUUAACUCUGUAUAAAGUGGACCAAGAGAAGACCGUAUUCAUAUUGUGUAAGAAAAAUUUCCUUCAAACAUAUUUUAGUAUGUAUGUUGCACACUGUUAGAAAUUAUGAAAGCGGUUCUAUUUCACUUUAUCACCCAAAGCAUAGUAAUCUUUCAAAGGAAGUAAACCAUAAAAUUCACAAAAUACGGUGAGCCAAAAUAUCAAAGGGAAAAUCCAUUUCCUCUUUUUUCUCAUAUCAUUCUUUCUGUUUUAACCUUUUAACUUUGUUUUGAUGGUGCCAAGUUUUGUCUGAUUUACCCUGUGUGAACUUUGGAUAGAAUUUAAAAUAGAUCCUCCGGGGUCGUUUUAUAUAAGAAUUAGACAUAACGUCUGCGCAUCUCUGUUCCUCUUCAAAGUUAAUCAAAUUCAGCAUGGGUCAUGGAUUUUCACCAUGAGUACCAGCUCUGCUGGUGUCAGGUAGGUGUUUGAAUGUAGACAGUUUAGGACCAGAGAGCUGGGCUAAGUUUGGGGAUGAGAAUGUGGUUGGCAAUAUUUUGAAAGGACUUCAUGGAGUUUGUGAAAUAAUUUUUCAAGUCAUCUUUCCUUACCACAUUUGAAUUUGUGCUCCUACCUUCUCAAAAUGAAAUAGCCAUUAAUUUUACCUGGAAUUAUAGGAGGGAGUUAUCCCUUCUGUUAGUGCUGCUUUGUUUGCAACUUUGAUGGCUUAUAGUAGGGAGCACUCUAGUUGUAAAGGUCAGUGUGCUGUCGCGUUAGGUGUAAAGUUUGACUGAUACUCAAGAAAGCCUGUAGAUUGCCAAAAUGUAAAUGCUCCCAAACCUUUCUUUCACUGUCAGAAAAUGAGACCGCAAUGAGCAAGUUUCCAUGAGUCAAAUUUGCCAACCAACUGUGUAGAUGUUACUCAUUCUGGGACUAAUGAUGAUGGUAAAGAAGUUGCCAAUGUCAUGCCAAUGGAAAUUUCAAAAGGGAGAACCCUUCUGGAUGUGUGUGAACACCUCUCUAUAUCUGCAUGUAUGUAUGUUUUUACCUGCAGUGGUUGCAGUGUCAGUUAUAUGUUGAAGAUCAUUUCUGUCUACAGAAUAGAAAGCCCAUGUUCAAAAUUGUUCUUUAUUGGCCGGUUUUAUGGUCACGAGACAGCAAUUUGCUUACCUAGCCUAGAUAAGGUUCCCUUAGUGGAUGUUUUUAUUAAUAUUCACUAAUCUUUUUUUUUUUUUUUUUUACAAAAGCUUUGAUGGCAUUAUAUAAUCAGGUGAAAAAAGCCCAGUAGAAUGAAAAUAUUGCAUUAUUUUAGCCUAUAUUGUGUGUUUUCUAAGGAAAAAAAUCUCAAAUAUUAACCCUAAAAAUAGAUUUACUACAGUAAAGUAAAGCUUUUUAUUCCAGAUGGUGGAAGGAAGGGACAAAAAGAGAUUGUAAUUAUUUGAGGAAAAAGUAUAUUAUAAGAUGGUCCCCUCAAAUUAUGGGACUUUUGGGCAACAGCUAUAUAGGAUUUGCUGAAAGGUGCUGGGCUAGAACUAUAGGCUUUUAUUUGGGGGAGGUUUUAAUGUUGAUGAGUGCUGGUUUUUUGUUUGGUUUGUUUCUUUGGGGAGAGAGAAUGGAGGACUCAACUAGAAAUAGCUACUGAUUACAGACUUUUUUCUAGCAGUUCACACCUCAUGGUACCUUUUGUAUUUCACAGUACCUUUUCACAAAGUAUUACACGUGAGCUUGAUUAUCCCAUUUUGGGAAUGCAAGUUUGCUACAUUUUUAGCCUGACAAUACUUGUGUAAGUAUUGCCUUAUUGGAAAUCCUGGAAACUUCUGAUAUUUCAACCUGAGAUGUAGGAUGUUUAUAUGGCAUUUAAAGGUAACAGUGAUGUUUGUUACUCCCUACUUUGCACUUUGUCAGAGUAAUUUUCACCCUGUUUUAAGUGUGAGUAAGCCUCUUUUUAAAAUUAUGUUCUUGCUAGUAAAUUUAUAAAUUACAUACAAAGGCAAAAUGUGUUGCUAACAGCUAACUUUAUGAGGUAACUAUCUCCCUCUAUUUCUCUAGAGUUACUUUUUAAAAUAUGCAGAAUACUGUGUACUGUUUAACACAGUAGAAGUUUAUGAGAGAAGGGAAGAGUAGAACUUUCUUGCUGAAAAGUGAACAUUUAUUGGGAUACUGUUGGCCUCACAGAGAGGUGUUCCCCUCUCCUCACCCACAUUGUCAGAUAGUAGAUGAAAAGUCUGAUUGAAAAAAAGUGACCUAAAGCAGGGAGCUUAGACCCUUAGGGACAUCUGUCUGUGGGAGUCUUUAGGCAGGCUGCUCCACGUGGUUCUCUUACUGUCCUGGAUAAGUGUUAACUUUGGUUUCGUUGUUUGCUCUUUUGCUUACAUUUUCUGAAUUAUCAUUUAUGCAGCAAGGUGAGUGCUAAUAUUGCAUGAUAUGCAUUUAUCUUGUUCCAUGAAUUUUCCAGUACUGUACAAGAUUAACAUGAUAAUGCCUGUGGUAUCCUCUCUCACCUUUGUACACUGUGAUCUUGGCAGUGCAGAGUACUGCAGAGACUUUCCAAGUGUUCUCCCCAACUUUCCUUCCUGGGCUACUAGUGUCCUGUGAUUUGUUAUUUUAACUUUGUCAUUGACCAGUCUUUGGCCAGUUUUAUUCUAAUUUCUGGAAAAACCAUGUCCCAGUAUUAGAGUAGAUAACUCUUGCAGAUAACUCUUACAUAAAACCACUGUAUGAUUUUGCCUUCCUUACGAUUUUACUGGGCAAAUGAUGCCCCCUGCCCCCUUUUUAAAUUUUGGGACAAAAGAAAAGAUUAGAAGAAUUCUCAAGUUUUGUUAGUGUGGCAGACUUGUCUAAUUCCUACAACUUAUUCCCCUUGAGCCAGCCAAUGGGGAGGAAUAGGAAGAUACAAAUACCUGGUUUGUCUUCUUGUCUUCAAAUAGUUUUAUCAUGCUAAAUAUAAGGUUAUGUUAAUUUGUAGAGUCAACUAAGUACCUAUCAUUUAUAUUUAAAUGCUGUCUUUUUUUUUUUUUUUUUUUAAGUUUUGUUUGUAAAUAAGGUAACUGGGCAAUCAAACACCUUUUGGGUAUCCUGGCUUUAGUAUUUUAUCAGCCAUUUCAAAAUUAAAUAUAAAAACAAAUCCUUUGUAGGAUACUUGCAUCCUGAUUUUUCUUUAUGACAGUUGCAAGUGUAAAUAAUAAGACAAUGUAAGACCUUCCUAAUGUCUAAUAUAAACUGGGCUAUAGCAGUUUGCCCUAUUUUUAUUAGGUUUUGAAGGUUUUUGUGGGUUUUUUCUUUUUUAAAUGUACAGUAGAGUGGUGUCUGUAUAAGUGUUAACUGUAGUGGGAUUUUGUCCAGCAAGCCUGAAAUUUAUACUUUGAAAUAAAACUACUGGAUUUGUAA